AUGGCUUCGACCUUGGAGCCAGCACCGAAGCAGCUGGUUGUGCUCGACCUGGGCGAGAUCGUGUACGGAGAAGGCAGCAUCUACGAUGGAGUUCUCAACGAUGAGUUUCUUGUCCAAGUCAAGCACCUUGAAGUCCAGUAUGCGCAGAGGGUGAAUCAGUUGCGCGAGCUGUGGGACUCUGUGAGUGACAGGACGGGGCGGGCGGCGCUCGACCGCGCGGCGCGGAUGGUUGCCGGCGCGGUCGGCGUCCUGUUGGAUCGUAUAGAGAAGGCAGUCCAGACCAAGAUCUCGUUUGCGCGCCCGCUGAAGAUCCCAUGGUCGGCCGCCGCCGCCACAACCCAUACCCAACAGCAGGGCAAAAGGAGGCGCUGA